CAAAAGUCUAUAUUAAUGUUUUGCCAGGAAAGGGUCAACACGGAAAAUUUGCAACAAAGACAAACUAGAAUAGAACCAGUGCAAACAGAAGCUGACAAAUAUAUGCCCCAUGUUGGGAGUUCAGCCCCUGGAAUGUUAUGUAGGACAAAAGGAAUGGAAGAGGUAUUUCAGUAACAUUUUGUUCUGUGUCAAAAACCUUGUGAAAUAUAAAUCUGCUGUGUAUUGGAGAAUGGAUACAGCAAUUGAUUCAGGUUGAAUAGCUUUCGUUUAACUAGAAUAUCCCACAGAAAGCCGUUCUUGUUCUGACAACCAUAGUUUUGUUUUUCUUGACUUAAAGAAAAUUGAAUUCAUGUUUACAUAUUUUAUAGGAUUGUUUUAUGGACAAAGACACAGGUCAAAUCCCAUCCCAGCACAGUGGCUAUUGUUAUAGCAAAUAGAAACAUUUCUAAAUGAAAUAAAAACCAUUUCUAAGCCAUGGCCUGUGGCCCAUAGUAAUCAUACUACAUUGGUGUUAUGAAACCGUUUGCAACUAUCAAUAAUUCAGUCGUAGAUGUGCUUUUUUUCUAAUUCUGUUUUUAAAAAAUAUUCUAGUCUCUUGCCAACACACAUAGCCAUGCAUAUACUUCACUGAUUUGCAUAGUAGAGAAGGAAGAAUAUGAAUAUGUAUAGUAGGAGUCAACUUUAUUUUGGACUUUCUGGAACAGAUCACUUUUUUUUCCUCCACAUGAUGGCUCCCUGAAUUGCUUCCAAUUAUUGAACUUUCAUAAUUGCCCACAACUCUGUCUGUGUCCUUCUAAUGGUCUUGCCAUGUCAACCAACCCAGCCAAAAGCUAGUAGCCAGUGAUAGUGGUUUAAGAAGCUGGACUUCAGAAUCCCCCUGCCAAGGGUAUUCUGUUAUUCUCCAUUUGUACACUUCUCAAGAAGAAAUUAGGUGCUUGUUGUUGAGUUUUUUCAAUUCCCAUCUCAUUCUGGCAUUGAUCUUGGACUCAUUUGCAAACUCUUACUCCUGAAACAUUUUGGCUCUCUGUGACCUAUUGUUCAGUAGAAUCUGAGGUUUUCCAGGUACAUCAAAGACUUAAAUUUUAGGGAAAUUGAUCAAAAGAAAACUUCUCUAGGAAUAAAUGUCUUUUAGGUUUUAGCUCUAUUCUACCUUCAGGGUUCUUACCUGGAUGCCUUAUAUUUUAUUUCUUUUCUGUAUUUAUACUGAUUUGAUACUUGGGUUUACUGUUUUCUGUUUGGAAACAGCUUUUAAAAAGUAACACAGAGCUUAUAAAACAGUUCCAACCUGCUCCAUUCUUACCUUGACUGCCUUUUCUGCCUUAUUGCUAGACCACUGCUUCUCUUUCUGCUUCUCUUCUGGGAUUUUAUCUGCUCAGCAAUUGUAGUGUGUGAUUCUGAAUUCUAUGGUUUGAGUUUCCUGACCAGCUUCGCUUUGCAUCUGAGUCUAUAUCCUGUGCGUAAAGCUUUGGCAUUCCAUUCUCCGAUCCCAGUCAAAAGUGAAACUUUUAGUGCUAAUAAGAUUAGUCCUUGCGACACUAUUAAUUCUUUACUCCCAUUUCUCACUCCAUUGUUGUUUCUCAAAGACCAACAUUUCUUUGUUAUUAAAAACGUCAUUAGGAGAUGGUAACUACACUUAAUGUGAUCAUUUCACAGUGUGUACAUAUCUUGAACCAUGAUGUUGUACACCUGAAGCUAAUGUAACGUUUUAUGUCAGUGAUACCUCAAUUUAAAAAAAAAGAGGAGGAAAAAACCCACUUCAUUUUGGUGUCACUUCCUUAAGACCUUCUGGAUUUUUGUUUUACUGAUACACUCCACAGCUUCAAACUGCAGGAACCAUCAACAGGUCUUUGACAAAUUAGUUGUCCCUACACAUGGUUUACAAUAUUACACUUGCUGUUUAAAAGUAAUUAAGCUUCUCUCAGUGUUCUUUGCUGUGGGUCAGGAACUUUAUUUGCUGUGCCAUCCAACACAGAAUUUAAUCACAAAUGGGUCCUCUGAACCAAAUAAUUAAAAAUAGAGCAAAGUUUCUGAACCAGGCGGUUGGCAGAAAAGUCUGUACUUCCAUCUGUGCAUGGUUAGGAAAAUAUUUCAUGAUACUGAAAUAGCAUCAGCCUUGCUCUCUUUUGUGUGAGAGUGUAUCUGUGUGACUGCAUGUCAUUCAGUGCUCUGAAUGUUUGUUUGACAGUUAGCUAAUCAUAUAUAUAUAUAUAUAUGUGUGUAAAAGUCACUGGCAAAGAAACAGGAAAGCAAAUCCAGGUGUUCUGUGCGUACAUUCUUUAUUUGCUGGUUUCUGUGAAGGGAUAAUGGUCUUGCUGUUGCUUUUCUGUUUAGUGAAAGUUUUCUCUAAGCAUGUGCUUCAGAAACUUAAAGAGCAUUACAUUUUUUUUUUUUUUUUUUUUUUUUUUUGCGGUACGCGGGCCUCUCACUGUUGUGGCCUCUCCCGUUGUGGAGCACAGGCUCCGGACGCGCAGGCUCAGCGGCUAUGGCUCACGGGCCCAGCCGCUCCGCAGCAUGUGGGAUCUUCCCAGACCCGGGCACGAAUCCGCGUCCCCUGCAUCGGCAGGCGGACUCUCAACCACUGCGCCACCAGGGAAGCCCAAGCAUUACAUUUUGACUUGAAAAUCUUUACAUCUUUUGAUUCUCUGUCUAUGAAUAGCCUUUGCUAAUAGCUUUUAGGAACUGUUCUUAGGUGAAAUGCUGAUGGAUCUGUUUCAGUUUGGAAUAUGGACGGUUAGGAGUUUCUGCUCUCUGGAAGGAGACGUAUGCCUGGAAUAUAUAUCAAACUCAUAAACACUUUAUGACAGAGGUACAGACAUGCAAGUGACUGAUGUUGAGAGAAAUUUAAUCUUUCAGUUUGGAUUUUCCUUUGUUUUCACCAGUAAUCAGUAACUUUCCAAAUAUGUACAGUUUUGGCCAGUUCUAAACCGAUGCUAUGACUUUAAAAGUAUAUUUUCUAUUUAUAAGGUUCUAAUUGCUAUAUAAAAUAAAGAUUAUUCCCCUCUGGUAUUUCUCUAUUGUAACUCUCUCUCUUUAUCCCUGGAAAAGUCUUAUUUUUUUGUUGAUUUUCUUUCUCCUGGGAGAGCCACUGUAUAAAUAACAACUAAUGCUCAAUAAAUACACCAAAGGGAGGUUUAAGAAUUAUUAAGAGAAAAAAAAAAAAAAAAGGAAAUGUCUUAAUUUUCUUCCUUUGGCUCCGAAACAUAUGUAUUUCUCAGAGUUACCAGUUUCUUUAUGCUUCCGGACACUUAGAGCCUAGGCAUACUCUUAAUACUGUGAUAAUAGAAUUAAAUACUGAAAUUAAGAGCUGUGGAUUGACCAUGCUCACAUAAAUUGAAAUUAAGGAAGGAGGAAUAUCUUCGAUAAAUGUCAUUAUUAACGUAGCAGCUAAUUCUUGAGUUUAGCUAUGAAGAUCAACUAAAGUUGAUGAUAGUUUGAUUAUUGAGGUACUUUGUCAUUCAUGAAACUCAGAAUUUAAUAGUUUGAUCAUUUGGGCAGUUUGUCAUUCAUGAUGUUUAAGAGACCCUACACAUCUUUCUGUCCAACCUCCUGAAUUUACAUUCAACUUCAUUUUGUUCAUUUCUUGCAAACCUAUGAAUGCCCAGAGGGAACAAUAAAAUUGAAUAAAUUGUGGCCUGUGGCUUCAAACAAAUUAAUCUUUGAUUUCCUUUUCAAUAUUAUUGGGGGAAUAGCUUUUAUUUAUUUAUUUUUAAAUUUUAUUUUUGGCUGUGUUGGGUCUUCAUUGCUGUGCACAGGCUUUCCCUAGUUGCAGCGAGCGGGGGCUGCUCUUUGUUGCCGUGCGUGGGCUUCUCACUGUGGUGGCUUCUCUUGUCGUGGAGCACGGGCGCAAGAGUACGGGCUCAGUAGUUGUGGCGCAGGGGCUUAGUUGCUCCGUGGCAUGUGGGAUCUUCUCAGACCAGGACUCGAACCCGUGUCCUCUGCAUUGGCAGGUGGAUUCUUAACCACUGCGCCACCAAGGAAGCCCGGGAUAGCUUUUAAAAAGAUACACAUGGAUUUUGCUAAUUAUUAUUUGCUAAUGUAAGAUAUUAGGAUUUAACAUAUUUUGUGCACUCUGAAUACUCAUAAGGGCGAACGGUAGAUGUCCUAUUUUUUUUUUUGUUUUUUUGGCCGUACCAUGUGGCAUGUGGGAUCUUAGUUCCCCGACCAGGGAUCGAACCCCUGCCCCCUGCACUGGGAGCACAGAGUCUUAACCACUAGACCGCCAGGGAAGUCCUGAAUGGUAGAUGUCUUUAGACUUUAAAGUUAGUGCUGGAUUGAUCUUCUCUUAUACGAGACAGCUGACAUUGCUGAUAUUAAUUAGACUCCCCGGAAAGGGUGCCUGGAUACUCAAGUUCUUCAUACUUUGCUUGUGGGAGUGUUAAAUUUGUUUCUCUCAUUCAUUUCGGCAUCUUCUGGACAACAGUAUAUGGCCUUUCAGUUUAAAAAACUGCAUUUGAUUGUUGAUAUCUUUAUUCAAUAAAUCAUUUGGUUGGCGAAUAUUGAUUUACCAGAUUCAUGAUCCCAAACAAAAGAAACAGCACACACACUAAAGAAAGGUCAUUGUGCAGAGAACCUAUCCUUUUAAUAAUAGUAAUGGCUAGCUGGCAUAUUGAGGAUUUAGGGUAUGUCAGCCACUGUGCUGAUCACUUAAUCUUCACAGUAAACCUAGUUGGUAGUUAUUAUCUCCACUCAACAGAUAAGGUAACUGGGUUAGUAGCUUGCCCAAGGUCACACAACUAGUAACUGGGAGGAUUGGGAUUCAACUCAUACCAUUUUAACUUCACACCCUAUGCUCUUAACUAAUUAUACUUUAUCGCUUACCACCCAUGUCAUCGUGAGACUUGCAAGAUUGCUUUCAUGAAUGUGAGCUAUAUACAAAGGCAUAGUUGCAAACCAAGAUAAACUAUAAAGAAUAAGGAUUCAGUGAGGACUCAACUAACUCUCCACCCAGAUUUCGUAAUUACCACGAAUUCGAUGUCCUCUCUGUGGGGUCCUCCCCCAUCACAUCACCUUUCUUCCCACCUCAGAAGUAACCACUAAAGAAAAAUGAUGUUUGAAAACAUUUUUAACAGAAGUGCACAAAAACGUAUCCCAGCCAGAUGCUCAUUUUGUUUUCCCUCCUUUUUCUCGUCUCUCCUCGCUGCUCGGCCAUCUCAUCUCUCGGUCACCCCUCCUUUUUCUCGCCAUUGUGGGGCAUGAAGAGGAACUGAGUCAGAUCUGCGUCAAAAGGUCAGGGAGAGUGUCCUCUGCUGUGAUGUGCAGGCCUAAAUGCCAUGACUGCAUUCUGGAGCAAAAUGAAAGCGUUUAUUUUGAGGCCUCCAGAGUAGUGCUGCUACAGACCAUGAACAAGAAGGAGGAGACCUCAGCCUGCACGAACGGUCUUGAAAUGCAAAUGGUCUUGGGUCUAGGCUUUUUGUAUUGAGUUUCUCUACUGUCUCCCCUUCUGCUCAAGCAAAAUCUGUGUGAAAAGAUCUGCUGGGAAGGAGCUGACUGCUUAUGAUUCUCCAUUGUGAUGAAAGCACAUGGUACAGUUUUCCAAAGAAAUUAGUCCAUUUUCUGGGUGAAGAGAAACCAAUCUGUUUUCACAGGGUACUUCUCCCUUCCCUGUGAAAGGAAGAAAGAACACGCCUGGGCCCAGGAGCGCUCCAGCUUCUUCUGGGAAGUCUCCAUGGUGAAGGACAGGUUGGGGCUACCUGUGAACCGUGCACAGUGAAUGUUAUUCCAGGGCGGCUGCUGGCGGAUCGCACCCACAGGGAGAUGAUUCCUCAUGAAGAGCCUGGAUCCCCUACAGAAAUCAAAUGUGACUUUCCGUUUAUCAGACUGAAAGCAGAGCCAGCCAGAGAGUGAAACGGUCACCGUGGAGGGGGGACGGCGAAAAAUGAAAUCCAACCAAGAGCGCAGUAACGAAUGCCUGCCUCCCAAGAAGCGCGAGAUCCCCGCCACCAGCCGGCCCUCGGAGGACAAGGCCACGGCUGUGCCCAGCGACAACCACCGCGCAGAGGGCGUGGCAUGGCUCCCGGGCCACGCGAGCGGCCGGGGCCACGCGGGCGGGCGGCUAGGGCCGGCGGGGCCCCCAGCAGAGCUCGGUUUACAGCAGGGAAUAGGUUUACACAAAGCGCUGUCCGCGGGGCUGGACUACUCCCCGCCCAGCGCGCCCCGGUCCGUCCCGGCGACCACGACGAUGCCCGCGUACCCGCCCCCGCAGUCCGGGGCCCCGGUGUCGCCCGUGCAGUACGCCCACCUGCCGCAUACCUUACAGUUCAUCGGCUCUUCCCAGUACGGCGGGCCCUACGCCGGCUUCAUCCCUUCUCAGCUGAUCUCCCCCACGGCCAGCCCCGUCACCAGUGCGGUGGCCUCGGCCGCGGGGGCCGCCACUCCAUCCCAGCGCUCCCAGCUGGAGGCCUAUUCUACCCUGCUGGCCAACAUGGGCGGCCUGAGCCAAGCCUCGGGACACAAGGCUGAGCAGCAGCAGCACUUGGGCAGGACCGCGGGGCUCCUGCCCCCCGGGUCCCCACCACCCACCCAGCAGAACCAGUACAUGCACAUCUCCAGCUCUCCGCAGAGCGCCGCGCGCCCGGCCUCCCCGCCGGCCAUCCCCGUCCACCUGCACCCGCACCAGACGAUGAUCCCGCACACGCUCACCCUGGGGCCCUCCCCGCAGGUCGUCGUGCAGUACACCGACUCCGGCAGCCACUUUGUCACCCGCGAGGCCACCAAGAAAGCCGAGAGCAGCCGGCUGCAGCAGGGCGCGCAGGCCAAGGAGAUCCUGAACGGGGAGAUGGAGAAGGGCCGCAGGUACGGGGCGCCCACCGCGGCCGACCUGGGCCUGGUGAAGGCGGGCGGCAAGGCCGUUCCCCACCCGUACGAGUCCAGGCACGUGGUGGUCCACCCCAGCCCUGCCGACUACGGCAGCCGCGACUCCUCCGGGGUGCGGGCCUCUGUGAUGGUCCUGCCCAACAGUAGCACCCCUGCCGCCGACCUGGAGGUGCAGCAGGUCACCCACCGAGAGGCCUCCCCCUCCGCCCUCAACGACAAAAGCGGCCUGCACCUAGGGAAGCCCGGGCACCGGUCCUACGCGCUGUCUCCCCAGCAGGCCCUGGGCCCUGAAGGCGUGAAGGCCGCCGCCGUCGCCACGCUGUCCCCCCACACGGUCAUUCAGACCACACACAGUGCUUCGGAGCCCCUCCCGGUGGGACUGCCGGCCACCGCCUUCUACGCAGGGACUCAGCCGCCCGUCAUCGGCUACCUGAGCAGCCAGCAGCAAGCGAUAACCUACGCCGGCGGCCUGCCCCCGCACCUGGUCCUCCCCGGCACCCAGCCCCUGCUCAUCCCUGUGGGCAGCGCUGACAUGGAGGGGUCGGGGGCGGCCUCGGCCAUCGUCACGUCGUCGCCCCAGUUUGCUGCAGUGCCUCACACGUUCGUCACCACCGCCCUUCCCAAGAGCGAGAACUUCAGCCCCGAGGCCCUGGUCACCCAGGCCGCCUACCCAGCCAUGGUGCAGGCGCAGAUCCACCUGCCCGUGGUGCAGUCGGUGGCAUCCCCUGCAGCCGCGCCCCCUACGCUGCCUCCCUACUUCAUGAAAGGCUCCAUCAUCCAGCUGGCCAACGGGGAGCUGAAGAAGGUGGAGGACUUAAAAACGGAAGACUUCAUCCAGAGUGCAGAGAUCAGCAAUGACCUGAAGAUCGACUCCAGCACUGUGGAGAGGAUCGAGGACAGCCACAGCCCGGGCGUCGCCGUGAUACAGUUCGCUGUCGGGGAUCACCGAGCACAGGUCAGCGUGGAAGUUUUGGUAGAGUAUCCUUUUUUUGUGUUUGGACAGGGCUGGUCAUCCUGUUGCCCGGAGAGAACCAGCCAGCUCUUUGAUUUGCCGUGUUCUAAACUCUCCGUUGGGGAUGUCUGUAUCUCGCUCACCCUCAAGAACCUGAAGAAUGGCUCUGUUAAAAAGGGCCAGGCCGUGGAUCCCGCCAGUGUCCUGCUGAAGCACUCAAAGACCGACGGCCUCGCGGGCAGUAGACACAGGUACGCCGAGCAGGAAAACGGGAUCAAUCAGGGAAGUGCCCAGAUGCUCUCUGAGAAUGGCGAACUGAAGUUUCCAGAAAAAAUUGGAUUGCCUGCCGUGCCCUUGCUCACCAAAAUAGAACCCAGCAAGCCCGCGGCCACGAGGAAGAGGAGGUGGUCGGCGCCGGAGAGCCGCAAACUGGAGAAGUCGGAAGACGAGCCACCUUUGACUCUUCCUAAGCCUUCUCUCAUUUCUCAGGAGGUUAAGAUUUGCAUUGAAGGCCGCUCUAAUGUAGUUUGUUCGUUUGCUGUUGGGAUGGCCGAUGAGCCAGUCUCCUUUUCCAUGGCCAGUCUGAAGGCCCCCUUUGGAAGCGCUGUUUACAGUCAUCCUUGCCGAGGUAACAUUCUGUCCUCUGGAAUAGCAAAGCUGAGCGGUUACCAAGCUGGGUGUGUAGGUUUCCUCUGCUUCUUACGUGAACCACCUACUCGUAAAUCAUCCGGUCCAGGAGUGGGGUGAAUUCUUUAGUCAGUGAACAUUAAAACUUGAUACCUGUGCAUUCAGUUCUGUGAAUAACUGCCCUUUUGGCCUUUCGGGGAGGUUUCUUCCUCCUCGGCCUUCACUGCUCCCUGUAAACCCAAAUCAGUGUCAGCUGAAAGGCUCCAGCUGAGCCCAGCCAGUAUUCGUGGUGGCCUUCGGUUAAGAUGAGAGUCCUAAUUUCUAGCCAGUGGGGUCCUGGUCCCAGAGCCAUCUCUGAGAGUCACACUGUUGCAUUUUUUAGUAUCAGCUCACGACCCACCAACCUCCCCAUCAUACGCCUCCCACCGGCCAAGGGAAAAAGAGACACUAGACCUCUGAGGGCACUAUCAGACUGACAUGGCCAGUACAGAGGAGAACUAGGGAAGGAAUGAUGUUUUGCACCUUAUUGAAAAGAAAAUUUUAAGUGCAUACAUAGUUAAGAGCUUCUAUCAUGACAGGAGAACUUUUUUCCAUAUGCGUGCAUACUCUCUGUAAUUCCAGUGUAAAAUAUUGUACUUGCACUAGCUUUUUUAAAACGAAUAUUAAAAACAAUGGAAGAGUUCAUAUUCUAUUUUCUAAUCGUGGUGUGUCUGUUUGUAGGAUACACUCGAGUCUGUUUAUUGAAUUUUAUGGUCCCUUUCUUUGACGGUGCUUGCAGGUUUUCUAGGUAGAAAUUAUUUCAUUAUUAUAAUAAAACAAUGUUUGAUUCAAAAUUUGAACAAAAUUGUUUUAAAUAAAUUGUCUGUAUACCAGUACAAGUUUAUUGUUUCAGUAUACUCGUACUAAUAAAAUAACAGUGCCAAUUGCAAA